AUGACACGUCCAGUUAUAUCUUUGAAACCUAGCUACAACUCAAUUAUCAGGGGCUGUCCUGGCUUGCCAGAAACAUUGCCCAGGCUGGAAUGUGAACUGAGGAUACGAUCCAGUGAUGGUAGAGAAUUUAGUAUCGAGAGUAUAGAAGUACGGUUGAAGACUACUGAAACAUUGCACAAUUCUGGCCAUAGUUUCACUCCAAGACCAAAGCUUGAGAAAUCUGUUCUACACUAUAAAAAGAACAUCAAAGUAUCUGACAAAAAGCUCAUUGGGAUUGAUAUACCACUCACGAUUGCUGUUCCAGACGACAUCAAGGAAACAAAUCAUAAUCCUCGAUUUGGACACAGCUACACUACUUUCGAGUGCCGCGCGAACUAUUUUACUGACGCCAGUAAUGUUUUAUUAGAAACCUUCACAGCGGUGGUUAACGUGGAUCGGUACGACCUGAUAGCUUCUCCAAAUCAUUUCCAGACACUCAACCGCAUGUAUCAUUCGCCAGACAAAAAACUGCAGGUCAAAUACGACGUAAAAAACCCAUGCGUCUCGACUGAUGAUCUACUACAUUUGAAACUUGACAUUGUUCCAAAUCUAUCUUCUAGCACCUUCAAGGCUAGCCCGGGACAUUUCACUAGAAAGAUGAGAUUGAAAUCUGUCACGUUCGAGAUCAAAGAAUACCUCGAGACAUUUGACUCUCAUCACGAUUCGAGAGAGAACAUUAUUUACACUGUCGUCAGACCUUUCAACGAAGUGGUACCUAAAUCCGGAAUCCAGUUUGAAGCUGACGUUCGAGUUUUGACAAAGAAUUUACAGUUUAGACAAUAUGAGAUGUCUCUCAAUGAGCCUGCUGUGCUAUUCCGCCUGCCAGAGCACCCACCUGCGCUGAAUGAGUCACCCCCAGAGACGGUACUGCUGAAAGACAAAAAGGAUUUGGAGCCGUUCAAUUACCAUAGUUCAAUCACCACUAGAGGACGACUGUUUUCAGUAACACACGGCGUCACGAUUAAGUUCAAAGUUGGGAACGCCAAAGACUUCGAAAUCCACCAACCAAUUGACAUAUCUCCAUGGGUCAGAACUCAAAUGAAACACAUAGAAAAUGCUAUAGUCAGGGAAACCGGUGUGGCAACAGAUGCCAGAGCAUUUUACGACUCUUUUGGUGGAAUAAAGAGACGCAAAAGCACCGGAGAGCUGGAAUACCCACCGCUACCACCAAUUGUUUAUUCUUUCGAUAGCCAGACUUUGAAAAGUGUAGGAAUCAACUACGAUACAACAUUCAAGACCGCCAAGAGAGUGCUGAUGAUUGAGUAG